AUGGACUGGAUGUGUUUGCACGACCGCCCCGUUGUGGUGCGGGACGGGUCCACGCGUCCCACGUGUGCCUCCACCAUUCUCGCACUGCAGGCCCAACAGGAGUCGUUGCGGGCCGAACUCGCCGCCAGCCGCAAACUUCUCGCGGGGGCGGGCCACGUCCUCGCCGGCUUCCCGCAACUCGCGGCGGCCCACCACCGCGGCCUCCAGCGCCUCCUGCUGCUCCUCCACGGCGUGGCCCUCGAGACCGCCGCGGCGCUCCUCCGCGCGUGGGGCUGCGACCGCGAGGCACUCCUCGACGCACACGAACAGGCGGUGCUCGCCGCCGCCGCGGAGAUGUACGACGCCUGGCAACACGCACAGUGGGCAGAGGAGGAGGCGGAGGCACAAAUACGAGAGGCAGAAAGAGGCAUCGAAGUACCAAGAAGAGUGAUGGAGGAGAAGGAUCAGGUUGGUCUUCUGAAGAAGGCAGCGGCAGUGCUUGAACGGCGGUGGCAGAUGGGCAAAGACGCCAGUACCAACACUGUGAAUGUAAAGAACACGAUCAGUACCGGCACGCAGGCGGACGUUGUGAAGAUGGCAGUCGUGGCGUGUCAGACGGUGGAUACCCGUUCCCGUACGGCAGCCGUACAAACAACGGAGGAACUUGUCUCGCUUCAACACCACCAACCAACACGUAAAAACCCUUCUGUUACCUCUGACGAAAGAAAAGAAUGGGGAGAAAAACAAGAGGAAAUGGAAGAAAUUGAACCAGAGCCUUUAACUUCGGUCCCUCUAGCGUUUCCAGCAGAGUUGUCGAAUGAAACUAUUCUACCAAAUAAGGACUCAAAACCACAACAACCAAAACAAGAAAUACAGAUACAGAACUGUUAUGAUGUAGUGAGGCUUAAAGAAUUAGAAUUGGAGGUGCAACGCCUUCGUCUUGAGUGUAAAAAUGAGCGAGAAAUGGCAUUAGCAACACGUUUAAAGUAUUCUGUUCUAGAAAAUAAACUUCAAGAGCAAUCAAAAGAGAUUGUUUUUCUUCGUAGUGCUCUGAACCGUAUUGAAUCGAGCGUUUUCUCUUCAUCUACUGAAGUUUUACCUCUCAAUGAUACCACACCGCUUGAGGAGCUGGCUCUGGCAGGCGAUAGCGCCUUUGAUUAUAGAUCACAUGCACUCUUGCCGUCACUGUCCUACACAAAUGAGGCAGGUGAAAUAUCUGCGUACUAUGCACAGCUACAUGAGGAACUUUUAGCAGCAAUUGAUUUCGAGGUGCAGCGUGUUGUACAACAAUCAAGUGGAGUGCUUGAUCUCUCUAGAGGGUCUUGA